AUGGAACUGAGGGUGUGGGUGGAGGGAGUUGUCCGGGUGGUGUGUGGUCUGUCAGUGAACACCUCCUGUCAGGAUGUGGUCAUAGCUCUUGCACAAUCAAUAGGUAAGUGACUGUUUUUUUACUCCAAACAGGCUUGUUCAUAUAUCCCCGAUCAACUUUUACAGCGGGGUGUAUAAUAUGCAAGUUUAGAAGGUAAACUGGGUUUUUUUUAAGCAAAGAGUCAAAGUUUUCAGUGUCGCAAAGCUGGUGUUCCUGUUCAACAAGGUAUGACACGAUGCACCCAGCUGUCCCCUCAGUAAAAAUUUAUCUUGGGCUGAAGUGUUGCACAUACUUUACUGCCUCUACAGUACCAAUAAAUAAAACAAUUAAAUAUAUAAUAAAAUCCAACAAUCAAUCCAAAUUUUUGUCCUUAUGCCCGAUGUGUUUUCUGCAGGUCAAACAGGUCGAUACAUCCUCAUCCUGAAAUUACAAGGCACUGAGAGACAGCUGGUGGCGAACGACUGUCCUCUCCAGCUUUUGUCUCAGCUGGGUCAGCAGGCUGCAGAGGUCCAGUUCGUCCUGCGGAGGACCGGUCCCAGCCUCAGUGAUGGUCAAAACACACCUAACAAAGAGAAAGGCGUCCCCCUGCACAGACCAGCAGAACCAGCUCAUUCCAGGAGCUUAGCACCACACAAGGCUCUCACCUCCAAUCUGGGUCCUUCCACAAACCACAGGAAGACCAAACCAAACAAGGCCUGGUCCACAUCCCCCCGAGCCUCCCCAGAGCCGAGAGCUUCCCCGGUCUCUUUCCUAGAUCCAGUGUCCUCCUCCUUCUCCAAAGAGGAGGUUUUCAGGCAGAUUUUGCAGCAACAGAGGAAACUAGAAGACCUGAAGAUUCAGCUUCAGGAUCUAGAGAAGGAGACGGAGGUGAUGGAGCGACAGACAACAUGUGCUUCAGUUUCAAGUUUGGAUCCGGUCUCUGAAAAGGAGCUGGAGGAGCUGGAGCAGAGGCUGAGUCUGAACCAGGCAGAGCUGAUGCACAGCGAGGACUGGGAGAGACAGCUACAGGAGGAGAUAGACAAAGAGCGAGGUUUGUCUUUAGUUCUGUUUACUACGGUGGCUCUUAAGGUACAGAAAUAUUGUGAAUAUGAAGGCUCCUCUGAACUGGACAGGGAAGACCUUCACAUUUCAGUCAGUUUAAUGUCAUGCCACACUUUGCACAACAGCAUGGGUCUGUAGUAAAGCCCCGGUGCUGAACCGGCCUGCCUGCAGUCCUGACAUGACAACCACUGAAAAACAUGUGUUACAUGAUAUGAAGCUGAAAUCCUAUAUCAGAGAAGAAUGGGACAACAUGUCCUUUUUGUAACUCCAGAAACUGUCUUUGUAGUUACCUAACAUUUACAGAGUGUUGUGCAACAGAGGUGAAGUAACAAAAUAGGGUAAUUCUCCUGUCCUGACUUUUUCAAACAUGUUGUCAAAUUUAAAACGAGCACAUAUUUUUCACGAAACUGUAAAUAUUUAUAGUUUGUAGUUACAGUACUAUUUUUUACAACAGUGCCACCCAGUGGUUGAACUGUGCUAAAUGAGGCCCAAUUCCACCCACUACCCUCUGUUCAACUAAAUGUACUCAUAAGAUAAUUAAAUGAUUAAAUAUAGUGUAAAGCAGGGUUGUUGUUUUUUUUUUUUUUUUUUGUACUUUCUGGGCCACCAUACUUUAUAUUUUCCACAUCUUUUUAAACGAGCAGUCCCUCUGUCCAACAUCUCUCAGGAGUGUAAAAACUUUUGUCCUCAGAUAUGCACAGACGUCUUCAUGAGAUACAGCUGUCCAUGGAUGAUCACAGCUUUCAGAUCAGUGAGCUUCACGCUCACUCUACGAGUCUGGAGCAAGACCUAAAACUCACAGCCCACAGACAGAGCUCUCAGACGGGCCCCCAGCAGCUGGAUGAGGCCCUGAGGCCCCUGAAGCAGGAGCUCCAUCACCGGCUGCAGCAGGAAAAGGAAAUGGAUGCGAGGUUGUCGGAGACACAGAGGGAGCUACAAGCCACAGAUGAACAGCUGCAGGUAGAGCUCUGUAAGCAGCUGUUAUAUAACAGUAUGUCUAAAACACUAAUGUCUCUGCCACUCUGGUUGAUGCCUUUGUGUUGAGUCUGCACACCUAACUUUAUGAAGAUCACAGACAGUGCUCUACUGACAACAGCUUAGGUGGAGUAUUGCAGAAAGAUUCUUGAGGUUCUUGAUACUUUUAACAUAAAUCAAGGACAAGAGGACUGACGUAUUUGAGUCACACCAAAUGCAUCUAACUCUGCACUGUCCCUCGUGGUAAAAUAAUAUUCCCUGUCUCCUUUAGGACAAGCAGGAGCUGAUUGAGGAGCUGAACAAGGAGCUGAGACAGUGUAAACUGCAGCAGUUUAUCCAGCAGACAGGUGGUCCACAUGCAGACCAGACGAACUCUCUUCAGACCUCAGAGGUUUACCUCAGGAACGCUGGGAUCAUGGAGUAACUGAGGCCAAGUCUCUGUACAUCACCGGAGUGUUAAACAUGAUGGUAAACAGCCGUAGAGGAAGGUUAUUUCUGUUUCUUUAUAUUUCUGAUUUAUGGAUGUUUGGUCGUCCUAUCUGAAGAGGCCUAACUGUCGAGGAAGUUAACAGGCCAUUUACUGUAAUUUAAAUGAAGUAAGAGUCGCAAAAGUGUUCAAAGAAGUUUUAUUUUCUCAUGCUAAGAAAACAGAAACAGUCAAAUUUAUGUUUAGAAAAACUCCAAUAAAGACCUCCUGAGCAGAGAAAGAAAACUAGACAGACAAGAAGAAUUUAUGGAUAUUAAGUUUUUUAAAAAUCCAGAUUUCAGCAGA